CGCGACUCGUCACCGGGUCUGCUGCUUCUGCCCUGGUGCCUUUCUGACCUCGGGGUCUGAGUUCUUCCCUUCCCGGGAACCACCGACUCCUGCUGGUCCGCCCAGUCGGCUGUUUUGCGCGGAUGCCUGAGGCUGUCUCCUUUACCAGCUGACGCGCGGGGCAGGAUGCUUCUCACCCGCUUUGGAUCCCCAGGCUUCCGCAGCCUGCCCUGCGCCCGAUCGGUGAACCUCCGCAUUUAAAUGAGUUGAGGGACGGGAGGCUAAAACCUUGUUCGAAGUCGUGACUCUGAACACCUCCUCGUUGGAUGCCCAGAACAUUUUGUAAACUCUGAGUCCGUUUCUUAUUCGUAAAACUUAAUGGCACCCAAUCUUAGGACCGCGUAAAGAGUUCAUUGCUUAGCAUGAAGAGUUUUGCUAAUGUUGAUUACUAUUACGUGAAGUAGGAGAGGAAAUUGAAUAAGCGCCCCACUUCCAACAAGUGUAAGAAGGCAGGGAGUUCGGGGGGGUGCCAGAAGAAACAAGAAGGAAAAGGGGGUGCACUGUAUGUGGAACAGGAGCGGAUCCCAUUGGGGACAACGAAAGACUGCUCCUUCCUGGCUAAAACUCAAAAUUGCCUAAAGAUAAAUGUCGCCUCUUCAGACACAAGAGCCUCUCUCUGCCAGCUUCCCAGAGACAAAGUUUAAAGGUUAAGUAGACUGGGUUUAAAAGUAAAACUUAUCAUGGUAUCCAGUUGUGUAUAAAUUCCACCGAGUCUGAGCGAAGCACUUCAGUGGCUGAGUGAACAUCCCUUUGACAUGUCACUGUCACGGCCACAUUCCUAUUGCCGAUGUGGUCUCCUCAGCCUCCUUGGGCUGGGCCGGUGUGUAAACCUCUGGAGCAGAAGCGGAUGUGCAUUUCACUCUGCCCAGGGGCAGGGGCCUGUGAAAUGCGUAAGGACCUCCUGAAGGCCAUUCUGUUAGAGUUGGAAUGUCACUUUACAUGGAAUUUACUUAAGGAAGACAUUCUGUUUGAUGUGGAAAAUACAAUCGGGCAGCAGCUUGAGUUUCUCACCACAGAAUCCAGACUCACUCUUUACAACCUAUUGGCCUAUGUGAAACACCUAAAAGGGCAAAAUGAAGAUGCCCUGGCAUGCUUGGAACAAGCAGAAGACAUAACCUGGAGAGAACACCCAGACAAAGAAGAAAUACGGCGUCUGGUCACUUGGGGAAACUAUGCCUGGGUGUACUAUCACAUGGACCAGCUUAAGGAGGCACAGAGGCAUUUAGACAAGAUAGGGGCCGUCUGCAAGAAACGGUCCAGUCCUUCUGACUACAAGUUGGAGAGUCCUGAGAUUGAAUGUGAAAAAGGGUGGGCAUUCUUGAAAUUUGGAGGAAAGUAUUACCAGAAGGCUAAAGUGGCUUUUGAGAAGGCUCUGGAAGCGGAACCUGACAAUCCAGAAUUCAGCAUUGGCUACGCCAUCACGGUGUAUCGACUGGAUGACCGUAACAGAGGAGGGCCUGCAAGGAGCUUGUCUCUGGGCCCGCUGAGGAAGGCUGUCACCCUGAACCCAGAUAACGCCUACAUGAAGGUUUUACUGGCGCUGAAGCUUCAAGAUGUACAUGCAGAAGCUGAAGGGGAAAGGUACAUUGAAGAAAUCCUGGACCAGAUAGCUUCCCAACCUUACGUCCUUCGUUAUGCAGCCAAAUUCUACAGGAGAAAAAAAUCCUGGGACGAAGCUCUUGGACUUUUGAAAAAGGGCUUGAAGGCGACGCCCACGUCCUCGUUCCUGCAUCACCAGAUGGGACUCUGCUAUAGGGCACAAAUGAUCCAGAUCAAGAAGGACACGUGCAACAGGCCUAAAGGGGAGGAUAAACUGAGAGUCGACAGGCUUAUUGCGAUGGCUCUCUCUCAUUUCAAAGCAGCUGUGGAACGAGACUCCACGUUUGCGUUUGCCUACACGGACCUGGCCAACAUGUACGCUGAGGGAGGCCAGUAUAGCAAGGCUGAAGACGUUUUCCAGAAAGCCCUUCACCUGGAGAACAUAACUGAUGAUCACAGACAUCAGAUCCACUAUUACUAUGGCCGCUUUCAGGAAUUUCACUGUAAAUCAGAAAGUACUGCCAUCCACCAUUAUGUAGAGGCCUUGAAGCUUAGAGACCGGUCACUCCUCCGGACCAAACUAACAAGUGCUCUGAAAAAACUGGCUGUCAAGAGACUUAGUCACGAUGCUUCAGAUGUGCAGAGUUUAUGUGCCCUGGGGUUUGUUCACAAGCUGGAGGGAGAAAAGAGGCAAGCUGCUGAGUUCUAUGCUCAGGCCCAGAGGAUAGACCCAGAAAAUGCAGAGUCCCUUGCUGCUCUCUGUGAGCUCAGACUUUGUAUUUAAAUUCACACUCUAGGAAAUUACUUUGAAGAUUUUCUCCUCAUUGUGGGUUCAAGUAUUCUUGUUCAUUGUUUUAAUCUAUUGUUAAUUGUGGAGCUGAUUUUAUUGAAUGUUUACUGUGUAGCAGGCAUCAUGCUAAAUAUGAAUCUUUCACUGUUUUUUUUCUAAUGAAAAUAGUGUAAUCCAUUUGGCAACAAAAACAUCCCAGAUGUUACCUUUCAAAAAUGGGAGGGCUAUUAUGACUUUACACCUCGAUCUCUGCUAUUUAUAAUAAUUUUCUGAUAAAUUUUUUGUCAAAUUUCACAUAUUGCUCACUUAUGCAACAAGCAUAAUCUUGCCGUAAGCCUUUGACCCCUAGGUCAAGAACGGACUUUCGGCAAAAUGGAAAAUUCUAUUAGUUAAGCUCUUAACUGUGUAGCUUGCCAAAGAUGGAUCCUAUCCAGUUCUGACUCUGAGGAAGGUAUUUAACCAUUAGCCCGCCAGUCACUUAAGGAAUCCUUUUUGUUGAAAGAAAAAGUUCUUAACAGUAAAAAGUCUGCUGUCUGUGAUGACCUCAAUGAAAGGAGAAAAAAACUAGAACAGGGGAAAAAAGAUUUCUUUAAAUACAGAAUUCCAAAAUGUUCAUUAUGCAAUUAGAAAUAGUUGUGAGGAAAAAAGUGAACAAUGGAAAAUCCUUAGUCUCGAGUUUCUCCGGUCUUUCAACUGGAAAGUAAACCUUAUCUAAAUGGAAUUAACUUCAUUCCAACUAAAAUUGCAGAAUUUUUAGGUUAAAAUCAUUGCACAGAUUGAGGAAUUGUGGAAGAAAUGAUAAUUAAAUGGAUACGCUAGAUAUCCCCAUUCUACAUCCAUAGAUUGCCAAGUUUUGGUGAUUAAGUUUUGGGUCUGGGCUGGGUGGUUCUUGUUCCCCCAGUUUCCAGCCUGUGGUUAACUGUUCAAGCAUUCCAAACUUACCUCUGUGUGGCUCUUUCUUUUGCCUGAAGUUUUCAGAUUGACAUGUUUUCCUGUAGAUCGUCCAAGAGUAGUUAAGCCCUGCUUUCCGUUUGAAUAUCCACCUCGAAGGGUCUACUACUCAAGGACUCUGACCCCAGGGAUGCUUUUUACAAUGGGAUGCUACUGAAAGUGGCUUCUUUUAUGUUGUUUCUUUGAUUAUCAUACACAAUUGUAUCUACCACCAGUGUUAGCGGAAAAGCGUGCCGUGCGAUUUGAUUCUCCAUACUGCCACUGCCUUAAGACUGCCAUGAAUUUGUGUGUUAUUUCUGCUUGUUACUAUUUUUAUUUUUUUAAUUAAAUUUUCUGUUAUGGUUUUGAUGGGUUUGAUUAUUAUAAAAGUGGUGAAUUCUCACUGUAAAAUUUCAAAUAAACGGAAGCAUAUGAAUUUACAAGUAAGAGCACUUCCCUCACUCUAACCCAGUUCCACACCCCCAUGGUAACCUGUUAACAAUUUAGUAGGUAUCCUUCCAGAUAUUUUUCUAUGCAUAUUCAGACACGCAUCCAUACUGCAGUGUAUUUCGCGAACUAAAUUUUUUUAAAUGUUUGUUUUA